AUGGCUGCGAUUGAUUUUGCGCGUCUGCGCAACCAAACGAUGGCCGAUGGCUUCGAUAGCGAGGUCACAGUCAACACUCGGGCAUUGAUAGACAAGGUCCUAGCGCGUUACUCUAGCGAACAUACGACAUUGCGAGAAUUGAUACAAAAUGCGGCAGAUGCAAAAGCAGAUCAAGUUGUCAUCAAGUUCGAGACGGAUCCAUCUCUUACUGUUCCCACACCACAGGGUGCCGAUGACCCUGUUCUACUAAAGCAUAUCAUCCAACAUCACACACUCAAGCGACUCGUUGUAAGCAACAAUGGUCAGCCGUUUACAACCGCGGAUUGGAGUCGAUUAAAAAGCAUUGCGGAUGGAAACCCGGACGAAACGAAGAUUGGUGCUUUCGGUGUCGGUUUCUACAGCGUUUUCGCCGACUGCGAUGAGCCGUUUGUCGUUUCAGGGGACAGGACUAUGGCCUUUUACUGGAAGGGUAACAUGCUUUCCACCAAAGCCGCCCCUGUACCGGCCGAACACAAUACGAGGGACACAAUUUUCAUGCUCGAAUACCGGCAAGCAAACCCUGCAUCACCGUCGUAUAAUCCAUCGAAGCUUCCGAAUUUACCAACUUUGUGUCAGUUCCUGGCAACCAGUCUUACGUUUGUUGGGUUACAAAGCAUCGAGCUUCAUGUUGAUGAUUACGUCGUCGCGUCGUUCACCAAGAAGAUAUCACCUCCAGAGAAUGUCCGCGUGCCCAAUGGACUAAAGACAGAGACCGAAGGCGGCUUGAUGCGGGUGACAGAUGUUACACAACAGCACUCUCAGAUCGACGCAGCCUGGAUGAACGUUAUUGCCACCGCUCAGUUACCCCCGAAGAAAGCAGCAGACCUCGUACAGCAAGAAGUCCGCAACGCGGGUACUUCACUACGAAGCUUUUUCUCAAAAUUCGCAUCCGCACCGCCUCCGCCGCCCACAAAAGCUGUUAAAGCCGCGCCUGAGAAGGCCAAUACCGCGGAAGAGAUAGCGGGCGAUUCAACAGGAACGAUCUUCCUUCAAGUAUGUACUGUGGUGGCAGCUACGAAAGUCUCGCGAAACUUUGCUGCGGAAAUUGAGAGAGCAACCAAGAAAUCACCACCCAAGACGACCAGAAUCGCACUCUUGACAUGUCCAUAUCAGGACCCAUCAGCCACUCUGGCAACAGGCUCCGGUAGUUCAGCUGCGCUCGCCGACAAGAUCUUCGCAGAAGUUCUCCCAACAAAAUCUGGACGGAUCUUCAUCGGAUUUCCUACUGCUCAGACGACGGGUUAUCUUGCGCACAUCUCUGCACCAUCCCUCAUUCCGACGGUGGAGCGCGAGAAUGUGGAUAUGAAUGCUCGCUACAUUUCCACCUGGAAUAUCGAGCUCCUGCGCGUUGCAGGGUUGGCGUGUCGCAUCACUUAUGCAGCAGAGUUGGCAGCUUUACAAACCCAGUUUGGCAAGGAACCUCUGGAGACUUUGAUCACGAAGACUGCGUAUGUUUUCAAACAAUACACCUCUAGAUCAUCACAUCCAUCCACAGCUCUCGGCGAUAAGAUUGACGAAGCGUUCUGGAACUGCUCCAAGGAGCGAUCCAUUGACAUCCUUUCGACUAAGGGGUUCAUGCCAAGUAAGCGCGUGCGCAUGCCAGCAGAAACCUUGAGCUUCCUAGGAGAAGUUCCUAUGGUUCCCCAGGAACUAGCAAAUGGAGCGGUAGACUUUAUGCUCAACCUACACAACCGCGGAUUUAUCACCGAGCUCACAAUGCAGGAUAUCCGCCAAGGCCUGGAGUCACGGGCACUGAACGAGGAUGAACUUUCUGAGUUUCUCAAGUGGUGUGGGUCUAAGCUGGAAAGCGGCGAGAUCGAUGUUCCCGGUUCACGUAGUCUGUUCGAAAACACGGUCGCCAAUAUCGAUGUUCAGCCAGAGAAGAACUCCGGUAGAAUCCUCGCCUUGGGCGACAUCAGCACGUUCGUUAACCCAGCCCGCAUUGGUGCGCACCUACCUCUUCCACCAGACACGAUACCUUUCGCCUUCACCAGAGGUAUGUCGAUCAAGCAACUGCAACUUUUCGGUUGGGUGGAACUGUCAAUGGUUCGUUGGCUUCGACACAUGACGACACGGCCGCAGCUAGACGAAUUCACCAAGGACGAGAACUUAGCCCUCUCCGUGCUGACACUGACCUCCAAGGUCUGGGAACAACUCGAUGGAACGUCUAAGGAGACGGUCGUUAAGAUUUUGACCCCUCACACGAUCUUGCCGACAAAGAUGGGCAUGCGGCGACCAGCUGAGUCGUAUUUUUCCACGGUGAAACUUUUCGACGAUUUGCCGACUGUGACGCCAUUUCCCGGCUCGAAGGAGAAAUUCCUCCUAGCGCUUGGUGUACGAAAGACUAUCGAUCUUCCCAUGGUAUUUGAUCGAAUGCGCAGUCGCGACGCGCAGCAGUCUGAAAAGUCUGAAAAGCCGACCUGGAACCACGUUGACCUUAUUCGUUACUUCGCAUCCGUCAUCAACGAGAUUCCGGCGAAGGAUCUCAAUCGUCUACAACAGACAGCGUUCUUGCCAGGAAACGGUGCUGGGGUAAAGCCUGGCGAGCAGUUCAAAGCUUCAGACCUCUAUGCUCCCGACCCGGCUAUUGUAGCUCUAGGUCUGACUCAGAUCAAUCUGCCUUUCGAAUUCAAGCCUACUACACGGGAAGGUGUACUACUUCUGCGUCUAGGACUACGACAAUGGCCAGAUUCCAUCACCAUCGCAAACGUACUCCAUCGCGCCGGUCAGGCCAAAGAUCUCCAGCUCUAUACGCGUGCGAUGGACUACUUCUUGACAAACUACUACAAGAACAACUACGCCGUAGAGCACCAGAAGUUCGCUGCCCUCACCCUUCCGAUCCUGCCAACUGAACAGGCUCCUUUUCCGGCAUUGGUCGGCCCCUUUCAAUGCUAUACCAACGAACAUGCAGCUUGCCUGGGGUUUCCAAUCUUACGAAGCGAUCUUCGCGGUCAUGCCGAGAAGCUAGCGGUUCAGCGUGAUCCGAGCAUAGGCCCAUGUGUUCAGUAUCUUAUCAAAACACCACCCAAGACUAAGCUCGAUGCAGAAAUGCAGUUUGCUUACCUUGCUUCGCGUGGAUCUGAGCUCGAUCAGUACAAAGGGCUCAUACAGAGCCUUUCGACUUCCAAUAUCGUACCGAUCUUCAGGAAGUACUACCUCGAUCCUACUUGCAGUGGUUUUGAGGAUAGAUCGAAAAAUCAAACCGGCAAGACUGAGAUGCGCAUUCAUCAUUACGACCCACCCGAGCAUGUCUUUGUUGGUCGUGAUCAAGAGUAUCGUGGUAUCCUCGACUACGUUCACUAUGGCGCGGAAGCCACAGUCUUUCUUCUCAAGGUCGGCGCGAAGCACGAGCCUACCACACAUGAUUUGGCGUAUCUCCUCGCUAGAAAUCCUGCUCGCUUCCUCAAUACCAUUGGCCAAGAGAAGUAUCUUGACCUGCUUAGAAAGUUGGCUGAGCAUGCUGCGAAUCUAUGGAAGGACAAGGAGUUGGUCAAAGCACUUGUGGCUUCAAGGCUACUUCUUGGCUACCGCGACAUUAAAGAGGAUACCAAAAAGGACGUCGAAGCUGGUGACGAAGAGAUGGAUGACCUUGAUGAGGACAAUGUCCAUCGCGAAUGGUCUCUCAACAAAGCCGGCGAGAUCGUAAUUAUCGACAACGUCAACUAUAUGACAAGAUUCCGCGACUAUAUCAUCGCAGCCCCGCAGGAAGAGCUCCUCGAGGAGUUUUACGCCCGAUUCGGUGUUCAGAAGGUUUCAGAGCUAGUUAAGACUGAUCAACGUAUCGGUACAGUGGCACGCGACCAGGCACCUGCCCAAGAUCUUCGACGGGACAUCCUAGAACGUGUGCGUCUCUUCCUCCACGAGUAUGAACGCGAUGCUUCAUCGAAGGCUAUCAGACACGACGCCAAGUGGCUGGGUUCCAAUUUGACGGUCCAAUGCGUGUCAGAUAUCUCCAUCCGCUACUCACUGGCGGAGCGCAAUGUUGCAACAUCUUCACGGAAAUCUGCCGUAAUCAUCAAGGUGCGUGGUACGGGAUAUGUGCUGAGUAUCACACCAAAAUACGAUCUUUACGAGGUGUCAAGUGAACUAGUCAGGCUGCUAGUGUCGCGGCCGAAGCGUAACGAUGCCAUCGCGCUUGAGCGCAUCUUGACUGAGCCAUUACGCCGACUGCAGCAAAAGGGUAUCAAUGUAGAGCGUAUCUUACGAAGGAAGGAGCAUGAGGCACGUAUCGCCAAACAGGCUGAACAAGAGCGUGAAGAAGAAGAGCAGCAGCGAGUUGCUGAACAAGCCAAGUCUGGUCAUGUGAAGUCUGAGGAUAAAGAAAACAUGCCACCCGAGACGCCGGAGAAGGGUAAACAUAUGCCUGGUGCCUUUGGUAGUCCAGACACUGGCAUGGAAAUUGCCAAUCGCGGCCGCCAACCAGAGGAAGAACAAGGCCUUAUCAAUAAUUGGGCGAAGAAGCUUGGUUUCAAGAACGCGCCGAGUGCACCAAGCGGACCUUCGCGCGGUACAGACGGGCCCCAGAUCAGCCGCGAUAUUCAGGCUACCAAGUCGAACAUUCAAAAUGCUAUCAAGGAAUGUCGACCUACUGGUAUGGAGAACAUCAACACCAAGCAUCACCAAGACCCGACAGAGCUCGACCGUGGAGGUUACUGUAACGGCGAACAAUGGGAGAAUCUACAUAAAGCCUUUUCUGUACCCUUCUCCGGUCGGCACGUGGACAUUUACUACGGUCGUGACGAGACUGCGCCCCUCACCGAUUUGCAGUCUCAUCUGCAAGCAUUCCUACCGCUCAUCUUCGGACUCACGUCGAUCUUUAGCGUUAACCCCGCCGCGGUAAACAUUUUCCUUGACAAGAAGUCCAAUACAGUAGCCUUCAACAUGAACGGUAGUCUGUUCUUCAACCUUGCUUGGUUUAUCGCUCUACAUAGCGAUGGGUGUCAAACUAAGGAAGGCAAGCUCAGAGCUUUGGACAGCUGGUUCUGCACCUACUGCCAUGAGCUUGCACACAACCUUGUGGCUGACCACAACGCGCGUCAUAGUUGGUACCAGCAGCAGAUCAUCAUUGAGUAUAGUCAGCAAUAUCGAGCUGCAUUGGAGAAUUUCACAAAGGGUCUUCUGAUAUAG